AGCAGAAGGUUGAGGAUACACACACACACUCACACACACGCUCCGGGAGAGCAGAGCAGAGAACAAACGCUUCCUGUCCAGCCCGCAGCCCGCCGCCACUGCUCUCAUUCAGAGAAGUUGAACAGAGACCUCAGCCCUCCUCUCCACACACAGAAAGGAGGAUGAAGCACACCUGGCCUCUUCUGAUUGGCUUGUUGAGUCAUGUGACCCUGGCAUGGGGCUUUGCCCGUCUGACAGAGGAUGUGGAGCAGCGAUCGGCCUUCUCUGUAGCACGCACCAACAGCAUGGAGGGUGGCCCCAAGAUGGUGGUCACCUUUGACAAGGUCUACGUCAACAUUGGCGGCGACUUCGACCCCAAAGCAGGCAUGUUCCGCUGUCGGAUACCCGGGGCCUACUACUUCUCUUUCACUGUGGGGAAGUUCCCCCGCCGGGACCUGUCGGUCAUGCUGAUGAAGAACCGCAACGAAGUGCAGGCCAUCGUUUACGACGAGAACGCCAACGAGGAGCGGAAGGUGCAGAGUCAGAGCGCCAUGCUGCAGCUCGACUUCGGCGACACCGUCUGGCUCCGUCUCCACGGCGACCCACGCUACGCCAUCUACAGCAACACGGGCCACUACACCACCUUCAACGGCUACCUGAUCUACCCCGACACCUACAGCUUCCAGGAGCCGGUCGUCAAGGAGACGACGAGCCGCCACGAGAACGAGGCUGUGGUUCACGAGAACACCCAGACUGACGGGGUCACCCUGGACGCCAGGGAGAACAUCCUGAAAGCACAGGAGGAGGAGAAGGAGCAAGCCGAGGAAGAGCAACCGACAGAAGAGGAGGAAGUGGACGAGGAAGAUCCCAGGUCAGCCUUCUCCGUGGGCCGCACCCAGAGCAUCGUGGGAGUGGACCGGGGCCACGCCGAGCACCACCCCAUCACCUUCGACUCGGACUUCGUCAACAUCGGCAGCGACUUCAACAUGUCCACCGGCACCUUUACCUGCCGCCUGUCGGGCGCGUACUACUUCGCCUUCAACGCUGGAAAGCUCCCGCACAAGACACUGUCCAUCAAGCUGAUGAAGAACCACCUGGAGGUGCAGGCCAUGAUCUACGACGACAGCGACCAGGAGAAGGCCCUCCAGAGCCAGAGCCUGAUGCUCCAGCUGCAGCGCGGCGACACCGUCUGGCUCUACAGUCACCAGCGUGACGGCUUCGGCGCCUACAGCAACCACGCCAAGUACAUCACCUUCACUGGCUUCCUGGUGUACCCUGAGGCGCCAAAGCAGAAAGCACAGGAACAGCAGCAGCAGCAGCAGAACACAAAGCCGUAACUGAAAGGAAUUUGGGUGGGGUCCGACGGAUGAACAUUGCGAAAGUGCUUGCUUGGAUACAUAUUGAUCUGAUAUGUUUGUGAAUGUGUCAUAGUCCAUUCUAAACUAAACUCUACCCCUGUGUUUUAAACCAGGAAACUAUUAAUAUAUGACUUCCUUCUUGACUGUGCACCUUGUAAAGGUCAUUACUGGAAAGAGUCUUGUUAUUUUUUAUUCAUUAAGUCGUCAAUUGUCUUUAGUGGUUGAAAAGCAACCGUAUGGUUUUGCAACAAAACUGGAUGAAACUGAUUUCCUGUAAUAUCCCUCAACUAAAUGAGAUAUGUCUACAACCCUUCUAAUGACACUAAUAAUCCUUACUCCUGAAAGCGCAAUCACCCUAGUGCUGAAAGCCAGUUUGCCCCCACAAAGUUAUCAGACUAUUAUUUCUUAAGAUCUCUAUCACUGUAGUACUAAGAAAAUUACCAACUCAUCACUCAAGUUCACAGGUUAUAUUAUUGUUACAUUCCAGGCAACUCAAGUCAGAUAUUUCCUAGUUGGAUUCUCCUAAUUUCAUUCCAGACAAACUCGAAGGUCAAGAAUUCUGACUUCCUACAGGGAAAAAGUAAGAUGGAAUGCCACCUGAAAUCAGAGUUCCCACUUCUGAACUCAUUGUAAGUUGAUCAACCCCAACUUCAAAGUUGAUAUUGAAGUCUGACCUCAAACGUCCGAGUUGUCUGGAAUGCAAACAUUUUUGUUCAAAUCAGGUUGUUUGAAUUAUUUCCUUAACUUGUUUAGUGGUGUACAGGAAGAGGCUAGAGCACAAACAGAUAUAGCUUGAACUGAGUUGAGAUUUCAAAUCCAAACUAAGAAGCACAAAGAGUCUCUAACCAACGGAUGCUUGUGGUUUAACUAGAGCCAUCUAUAAGAAAUCUUUAAACAGGGCUGUUAAAUGUGUCCUUUAUUUUUUCAACGAGUCUUAAAGAUUGUAAAAUUCCACUGACACAUUCCCUAACAAAAAGGAAAAUAUAUAAAAUAAGGGAAACGUUUUAAUCUUUUUUAAAAGUCAAGUAGCAUAAACGGGUCCUCUGUAUUGUCCAGCAUCAUUGAAAACACAUCUGUGGUCCCAGUGUUUUAUCGUCAUGCAUGCUUUUAUGAAAUAGUGUGCAUCACAUAUUGCUUCCUCCAGUGCAUAAUGGCGUGUAAUUAUUCAUCUGCCUUCCUUACAAUUGAAGAUGUAUCUUUAUUUAUGUGAGCUGUAUUUUGUGACCUGUAGUUGGGUGGAAUAAAACCCAAGCAUGUUCCACUAAUGGCAUCUUAACUCAGUGACUUUCAUAAGGUACCAUAACAAAGUUGACCAUGGGUUUCUGGUCAUGACAGGAAAUAUUUGUAUUUUUUUUUGUUAUUCUUCUUUUAUGUUUGUGUCAUUUGCCAUUACAUUUUCUGGUAUGUAAUAAAACAAUAUUUCUUCAGUGUUCUAAAAAUGGAAUGCUUACAUGGAUUUUUGCCAAAGCUCAACUCAAGAUCAAUAAACACAAGAAAACCAAA